CGUCAAAGCGCUGUCAAAGAAAUGCCGCUUUAACGCGACUAACCCAAAACCAUAAAAAUCCCGGCUCUUGUCACGAAAAAGUGCUUUGACUACUCGAGGAGAAACCAAACCAUGGCCGAUAUUAUGAAAAGGAUUGGCGAAGAUAAAGAAAAAUCAACAGCUCUAGAGGACGCUUUUAAAUCUUGUAGAUAUCCUGAUUCAUUGAGUAUGACACUUCUGGCUGCCGACAUUGGUAUCACAGAAGAAGAAAUAGAGAACUGGUUUGCAGCAAGACUGACAAAAUGGAGGAAAGAGGAAGGAUUUGUGCCUAUCGCAGAGCGGGCAGCAAUUUUGGCUCAGAGCAUGAAUAAAAGUACAAAGUAAAUGUAAUCUUGAUGUAAUCAAGAGCCAACACUCUUUGAAUGAAGGAAAAGUAUACAUAGGGUAGAUGAACUUUUCAAAGAGGAAGUGUUUCUGUCACUGUAUUUGGAAUAAUGAAGCAACCUUUACUUUUUCGUAAAACGAAGUUAAUUUUUAAGAAUUUAGAAGACUCUUCUUGACGUGCAAUUUUCAAGAAACUGUUAGGUUGAAGGCGCGGGCGCCUUGAAGUAUAUCCCACAGUUUAUACCCGUCAUCUUGCAUUCGAUUAUUGACGCAGACAAAGUGUGAAUAUUAAUUAUUGGAGUGCAUGGAAAUAUAAUGUUUUCGUGGAAUGGAGCCACCUGUCAAAAAUUGUACAAUCUAGUUUUACAGCAGCAGAUCAAAUGAAUUAAUGAACUGAAGUAAAGCUACAGAUUAUCAUGGCUGAAAUCAAUAAAAAUAGAUUUACUUGUCGAUAUUGAA